GAGAGAAUGUGCAGGAGUAGGAUGGGCAAAUGGCAGGUUAUAGCACAGGUGAUGUAACUUGAGAUCUGGGAUGCCUGGCUUUGAUUCCCUAGCUUUGGAAGCGGAACAGGGUUUAGCAAAGGAGCUGGGAGCUAGGACUACCAAGUCUGUUCCUAUUUUAAGGCCUAGGAAAUACCCAUUCUUGUUCUCUGCCCCAGCAGGUCAUCCGUCAAAUUGUGCAAAGCUGCCUCAGCUCUUUCUAUGGCUCUUUCCUGCGGUCCAUCUCCUUCCCUCUGAUACAGCCAGAUUCUGGGGCAGGGAUGAAGGAGCAGGAGGCCCUGUGUGUGAUGCUGGAUGAAAUCAACCACUUCCUGAAACACAAGCCUAAUACUUGGAUGAAGCUGGUGCAGAUUGUCUGCGCCCCGGGCCUGUCUCCUCCUGGCUUGGUGGCUGAAUACAUCAAGACGCCCACUGAGGCCGUGGGGUUCUGUCAGCUGGAAGACCCCCUCUUUCUCCGAUACCUGGAUGAGAGCCCAGCUACCUUGCAUAAAUUUGAAGGACAACUGAAGGCAGCCGGUUAUGGCUUUCAAGCCUAUGCUUCCCAGGGUAUCCUGCUAUUCCAGGCCAGAGCCAAGUCCUCAGACCUGCACAGCUGGGAACCAGCUUUCCGAUCCAUGCGAGAGAAAUUUACAGUCCAGCGUGGGCUCCAGAUGGACCUUUUGGGAGCCCUGAGUGAUGAACCGUCCCUGGUGGAAAAGUUCGGGUCCAUCAGAGUUUAUGAAAGCAUGUGUUUUGUGGGCCUGGUCUGUGAGAUGGCACGGUUCCUUCAGAGCCUGCAAAUGAAGGCCUUCCAGAAGCAGGUGGUGAGCAGGCAAUAUCCAGCUGAACCAAUACACAGAUAUAUCAUUGUCAAGGACAUGUUGGACAAGGAGAUCCAGCUCUCCAAACACCGUGUGAGCAUUGACCUUCAUCAAGGCAGUCCAGCCACCAUCACUUUGCAGGGGCCUUGUGGGCAGGUGACUGAAGUAGAGAGACGGCUGGAGGAGCUACUUGAAGACUUCAGGGUGGUGCCAGUCCCUCUGUCACCUCUUCAAGCUCAGUUUGUCCAGGAACUCCGCAGCGAGGUCUUCUCUGAGGCCUUCUUUCUGGAGAGGGAAAUUCCUGUCCUGCUGUGCGUCACAGUUUCCUCUGCCCUUCAGGAAACCCCCACAGAUGUCUUGGUGUCUGGGCUGGACUGGAAUAAGCUGCAGGAAGCGGCAAAGCUGCUGAUGAACCUGGUGUGCCAGCAGACUGUCCUGAUAGAAGAAGGACUGCGUUGGGCCACGGAGUGUCAAGAAUGGGCCGAGUUGCUGGCCAGGCUGGGGGCAAAGAAGGAUGUAGCUUUUCAUUUUGACAGACCCAGCCAGGGAGUACUGACCAUGGUGGGUCUCCAUCCCCAUGUUGAUGAAGCAGAGGCUGCUGUCAGGGAAUACCUCGACAAUAACUCCCUGGUGCAGGAGAGGUUGGCCGUUCUCAGGCCAGAGCUAGUGGAGGUUGGGGAGGAGCUGCUGCGCAUAAUGGAUUGGGAGAACCCGCAGGUCAAGGUCCAGGUGUGCUCCAGCCCUGGGGCUUUGUCGCUGGAGCUGGAGGGACUCCGAAAAGAUGUGCAAGAAGCCCGCAAGGCUGUCAGGGCUGACUUACUGUCCCUGGUCCUCAGCAAAGUGGCUGUGAGGGACCAGGCCCUUGAGGAGUACUUGACUGGGGCUGGAAAAAGCUUCCUUCAGGGUCUUGGACAACAGCUACAGUGUGUGGUGAGCUUACGAGGAGGAACCUGGAGCACAGACUGGGAGAGGGGGCAGAGCUUGGUUAAUGAGAAGAUAGAUGAUCUAAGGAAGCUUCCAAAAGGCAAGAAAGGAGCACUCUCUCCAUUUGCAGAGGCCUCGGAAAGGCUGGCGAUCAGGGUUGUGGGCAGAGAGGACAAAGUGGUUUGUGUGAAGAGAGCUGUGUCUGGUUUCAUGACUCAGUUCUAUGAGGAAAGCAUUUGCAAUGCAGAGAUAGUGGCUUUCAGUGACCAGACCCUCGAAGACCUCAGCAGGAGAUCCUCCUAUCGUUUCCCCCUCAGCCUCCGUCGCACCCGGGGAAAUGUGCUCCGCGUGUGUGGUUUUCGAGAAGAUGUGGAUAAGGCUGUGGCAGCUGUCUAUGCUAAGAUCCAGGCUGCCCAGGCCAAGCAGGUGGAUGCACAGGUCCUGUAUGGGCUGGUGAAGUGGUACCACAUGUCCCAUGGGGAAUGGUCCCCAUUUGAUAUAGCCAUCAGCCACCAACUGGAGAGUGAGUAUGGGAAGAAGCAGAGGAAGACAGUGAUCAUAUGGGAGGGUCAGAGAACGGAGGUCGACCUGCUAAAGCAAGAGGGAUUUGUGCCAGGCAGAAAGACCACCAUCAGCAUCAGGAGGGAGAUCUGCUUGGAGGACAAGGUCAUUGCCCCACAUUGGGAGUCGAUGGGUGAGGGCCUCGUGAAGAUGGUGGAGCUUCAGCCCAGCUCAGAGGAAUACCAGGAGGUGGCCAAGGGCUUCAACCGUACAGCCAAGGGGUUCUCCAUCCUCAAAAUAGAGAGGGUCCAGAACAAGUUCCUAUGGGUGUCCUACUGUUGGAAGCGCAGCUGGAUGGUGACAAAGAACCCCCUGGGGGUGAAGAAUGAACGCAUCCUUUACCAUGGGACACAGCCUGAGAACUGCUGCUCCAUCCAGGAGAUUGGCUUCAAAAGUACCUGUAGGAAAGUUGGACUCUAUGGACAGGGUCUAUAUUUUGGUGUGGAUGCCUCCCUAUCUGCUUUCUAUGCCGAACCUGAUUCCUCUGGGCACCGAUUCAUGUUCCAGGCAAGGGUGCUGACGGGGCAGUUCACCCGAGGGGAGGAGAAGAUGGCACUGCCCCCACAGAAGCCAGAUGGAAGUGGCCGAUAUGACAGUGUGGCCAACUUGGCUUCACGUCCCACCAUGUUUGUAACCUUCUUUGAUGACCACGCCUACCCAGAGUACUUGAUCACCUUUCACGGCACAAAGGUGCAGCACUAGUGAGACUGGCACCAUGUCAAUCGAACUAAGAAUCCAGAUCAUUAAUGUCAGCAGGGUAUAAAAUGAGGGAAACUGAAUGUGUAUGUGCGUGUCUGUCCCUGCUGUCCCCAGGUGACAGAGGUAAGGCUUGCUCUUUGUGUGUAUGUAUGUGUGUGUCUGUCCAUCUGUUCCUACUGGCAGGAAUGAACCUGACUCAGUGUAUGUAUGUGCAUAUGUCUGUCUACUACUCCUCUCCCCUCCAUUGUCCGAAUUCAGAAUUGGUCAGCCAUGUGUCACAGACUACUGCUGACAGCCAAUGAAACAUCCCUGUGGAGUGCCAACAAGCAGCCUCAGCAGAGGGGAAGUAUGCAUUACUGCCGUUUACUGGCUGGCAUCAUAAUAACUCAUCUGUGUGUCUUCAGCCCAGGCUGCCCAUGUUGAGCAGAAGACCCUGGGAUACCUCUGCUGUGGAGCAAAACCACAAAGUAAAAGGGGUCACACUAGAGAGUACAUGAUGCAGACUCCCAAGCAAAGGGAAGCUGCGUGUCUGAGCUAGGGGACCAUAAACACCAGUUCUAAUGUGAAAAGAAGGGGUGGCUUCAUCAGCCAUUUAUUGGUCAACCUAUGAUGCUAGGUCAGUGGGUAAACUGAAUGGACCAUACUACUUCUACCAUGGCUUCCAAUCAGAGUCACAGGUGCUGAGGCCAGAAGGUUUGUCAGAUCAUCCAUCUUGACAUCCUGUAUAGCUCAGGCCAGAGAAUUUCAUCCAGUGACCCCCUGCAUUGAGUGCAAAACUUGGGUUUAGUUAAACCAAAUGCAAGGUGUUACAGCAAGGGAUGGAAAACAAAGGGAUAACACUGAUUUGGAAGUAUCACUGAUGA